GGCCCAGGCCGCACCGGCGGCGCUCCCGCGGCCUUCGGCGGGGCAGCCGCGGCCCCGGGCGGAGAGCAGGGCGGGGAGGCGCCGCCGGUGUUCGAGGCGGAGCUCGGGGGAGCCUGGCUGGCUGCUGCAGGCGGAGGGCGGGCGGGGAGAGAGCCGCCCUCCGCUCUUCUCCCGCCGCCGGCCGGCGAGCAGCCCGCAGAGGGACGCGGCUCGGGCGCUCCCGCAUAAAAAAUGGCAUUUCAGAAGGCAGUGAAAGGAACUGCUCUCAUUGGAGGAGGUGCCAUAGCAACAGUUUUUGGCCUCUCUCAAUUUUCUCAACAUAGAAACAAACACGGUGCCUUGGUGCGGGUACAGGCUGCAGAAGGUGUUCCAGAGAGGAAGGACCAUCUCCCCACGCGCGAGCAGCAGCUGGCGGCCCUGCAGAGCGGCGGCGAGUUCGAUGUGCUCGUCAUCGGCGGCGGAGCCACGGGCUGUGGCUGUGCCCUGGACGCAGCCACCAGAGGACUAAAAACAGCCCUUCUAGAAAGAGAUGAUUUCUCAUCGGGGACCAGCAGCAGGAGCACUAAAUUGAUCCACGGUGGGGUGAGGUACCUCCAGAAGGCCAUCAUGAAGCUGGAUUUUGAGCAGUACAGGAUGGUGAAGGAGGCCCUGGAGGAGCGAGCACACCUGCUGCAGAGCGCACCCCACCUCUCGGCCGCGCUGCCCAUCAUGCUCCCCAUCUACAAGUGGUGGCAGCUGCCGUACUACUGGGUUGGCAUCAAGCUGUACGACCUGGUGGCAGGCAGCCAGUGCCUGAAGAGCAGCUAUGUCCUGACCAAGGACCGGGCCCUGGAGCUGUUCCCCAUGCUGCGCAGGGACAAGCUGGUGGGAGCCAUUGUCUACUACGAUGGACAGCACAACGACGCGCGCAUGAACCUGGCCAUCGCCCUGACCGCCGCCCGCUACGGCGCUGCCACCGCCAAUUACACCGAGGUGCGGCACCUGCUCAAGAGCACGGACACGGGCCGCGUCUGCGGGGUGCGCUGCAGGGACGUGCUCACCGGGAAGGAGUUCGAUGUCAGAGCCAAGUGUGUUAUCAAUGCCACGGGACCUUUCACAGACUCGGUGCGCAAAAUGGAUGAUCAGGAGGUGCCCAACAUCUGUCAGCCCAGUGCAGGCGUGCAUAUCGUGAUGCCUGGCUAUUACAGCCCUGACAACAUGGGGCUGCUGGACCCGGCCACCAGCGAUGGCAGAGUGAUCUUCUUCCUGCCCUGGGAGAAGAUGACGAUCGCAGGGACCACGGACAGCCCCACGGAUGUCACCUCCCACCCCAUCCCCACCGAGGAGGACAUCAACUUCAUCCUGAGCGAAGUGCGCAACUACCUGGGCCCGGACGUGGAAGUGAGAAGAGGAGACGUGCUGGCAGCCUGGAGCGGCAUCCGGCCCCUGGUGACCAACCCCGACUCCAAGGACACCCAGUCCCUGUCCCGGAACCACGUCGUGACCAUCAGCGACAGCGGCCUCGUCACCAUUGCAGGUGGGAAGUGGACAACCUACCGUGCCAUGGCGCGCGACACCAUCGACGCGGCCGUGCGCGAGCACAAGCUGCAGGCGGGCUCCUGCAGGACCAUGGGGCUGCAGCUGGAGGGGGCCCAGGACUGGAGCCCCACCCUCUACAUCAGACUGGUCCAGGACUAUGGACUGGAAAGCGAGGUGGCUCAGCACCUGGCUUCCACCUAUGGGGACAAAGCUUUUGAGGUGGCCAAAAUAGCCCAGGUGACAGGGAAGAGGUGGCCUAUUGUUGGGAAACGUCUGGUGUCUGAAUUUCCUUACAUUGAAGCUGAGGUGGUGUACGGGGUGAAGGAGUACGCGCGCACCGCCGUGGACAUCAUCUCGCGCCGCACGCGCCUGGCCUUCCUCAACGUGCAGGCUGCCGACGAGGCGCUGCCCCGCAUCGUGGACAUCAUGGCCAAGGAGCUCAACUGGUGCGAGCAGAAGAAGAAGGAACAGCUUGAAACGGCUAAAACAUUCCUGUACUAUGAAAUGGGCUACAAAGUGAAAACAGAUCAAUUAACAGACAGCUCUGAGAUCAGCCUGGUGCCUUCAGAUAUUGAGAGGUACAAGAAGCGGUUCCGCAUGUUUGACAAGGACAAGAAGGGCUUCAUAACCAUCCUGGACGUGCAGCGCGUGCUGCAGAGCAUCAGCGUGCAGAUGGACGAGAACACCCUCCACGAGAUCCUCAACGAGGUGGACCUCAACAAGAACGGGCAGGUGGAGCUCAACGAGUUCCUGCAGCUGAUGAGUGCCAUCCAGAAGGGCCGUGUGUCGGGCAGCAGGCUGGCCGUGCUGAUGAAGAGCGCCGAGGAGAACCUGCGGCGCCGCCAGGCCAUCCCCGUGGACCGCAGCGGAGGAGGGCUCUGAGCCGGGGCUCUGAGCCGGGGCUCUGCGGGGCUCUGAGCCGGGGCUCUGCGGGGCUCUGAGCCGGGGCUCUGCGGGGCUCUGAGCCGGGGCACUGCGGGGCUCU